AUGCGCUUCACUUCCGCAACACUCGUUCUCGCCAUGGCCGCUGGCAUCCAAUCCGCCGCCAUCGAGACCAGGCAGAAAUUCGUCGGAACUUUUGACACAUUCACAGACCGGGACUGUCACCAGGGAGGGAAAGGAGUUACCGUUUUCUCCCCGAACAGACAGGACGAGCUUGCGAAGGGGAUCAAGGCCAUCAGGUCUUACUUCCCGAAAUGCACUUUGGAAAUAGUGUAUAAAAACUCCUGGGAGUUCUUCAAAAUUCCUCCCGGCAAUUCUCAGUGUCAUCAGCUCCCAUAUGAAUCUUAUUGGUGGAAGGCUGUUUGCCCUUAG